GCCUGUCACAAAACACUUGGAACUCUGGCAGCUUUUACAUGUCUGACUUUACAGCUGCGCUCCCGCAUUUCAAGGAAAAAAUUUCUGCAAGGUACCCAUUAUAACUACACCCGGGUCUAGUGUGGCGAUUGUAGAUUGAUGUCUUGCCAAAGGAAGUUAGCGGUAAACUUCUCACAUCUAGUGAUCGUCGUCUCACUUACGGUUGGAUUAUAAAUGCGUUUUCGCUGUAUGACUUUACUACAGGUUCUGCGUGUAUCGAGGUUAUACAUGUCGGGAUGACGUAGUCUAGGUCAGAAGAGAGGGUGACGGGAAGUAAUGAUUACCUAGGUUCCUACAAGGCUUAAUAGUGUGUCAAUCGUCAGGAUGCCUAGACGGAACCAACUGGUUACACUCUGCUUCUUCGUUGUAUGUGCAGGUGCUGCAGUUCUUUACCUGACUCGUAAUGGCAGAAUAGAGGGUCAUUCGACUUACAAUAUCGAUCAAGCUGAGGACAACAUACCCAGGGAGAAGCUAAUGAAGGACUCCGUUCAACGUCUCACUCAGGGCACGAAUCUAGAUAACCCUUCUAGCAGGAAAGUUGAGGCAGAUCAUCAACUUAUAUCCAUCCUUCAGCAGCGGAAGGCACGGUUGAAAGAACAGUGCGCCCUCAUGAGAGAAACUCAUCAGAUCCAAGAUGUAGCCUUACAUCCACCAGAACACCUCAUCGUUAACGAAGAACAUCGAAUCAUCUACUGUAACGUACCUAAAGUGGCCUGUACCAAUUGGAAGACCGUUUUUCUGGAGUUAGGAGGCUUUGCGCAUCUCAAUACUUCAGGCAAAUACCAUCUCGGUCCCAAUGCAAAAGGAAGACUCUAUCUUGAUUACCUUCACCAGUACAACAUCAGCCAGAGGCGAUUCAUGCUACAAAACUACACGAAGUUCGUCUUCGUGAGACAUCCCUUCACUCGGAUUCUUUCCGCUUUCCGAAACAAGCUCGCUCCGAAUAUUUCUUUCUUUUUUCGGCAUGGAGACGAAAAGGAGCAAUGGGUUUCAAAAUAUGGAAAACAGAUUAUAAAGAGGUACCGCGGCAACUCGGAAGCCCGCCGUGUUAGCUCAAACUGGAAACAAGAAUACGAUCUUACUUUUUCAGAAUUUAUUCGGUUUCUGGUGGAUGCCGAUACAGAUUCCUACAACCGACACUGGUCUGAUAUCUAUUCCAUGUGCCUACCUUGCGAUAUCGACUAUGACAUCAUUGGCAAAUACGAGACAAUAAACGAAGAUGCCGACUUUGUUCUUCGACUUGCAAACAUUGAUCCAGACAUUACAUUUCCCAAACCAAAUCUGUCUUCUAUGACAAACAGUUCUGACCCAACGUUGGCCGAUAAAUUUUACCGGGAUGUACCUAGGUCACUUGUGUACAAACUUGCUAUGCUGUAUGCUGCCGAUUUUAACUUAUUUGGCUAUCAUGUUGAUCCGUAUAUAUAAGCCUGAUGUGAAAUGAGAAAACAAAUACAAUUUGUAUCAUUAUCUUCACUAGGUUUUGAUAAAGUUGUUCGGGUACUCGUCAGGAUGGAUCAGCUAAUACGGCGUCCUCAUGUCAGAGGACCUGUGAUAUUCUUUUCUCAAUCGGGCAUCGUCCUACGUCUUGUUAAAAACAAACAAGCAAAUAAAUUGAUAAUGCUUUCGUGGUUUGAUGUAUUUGUUUGCGCUGUAUUUUAUAGAGUCUGAUGAUAUUAAAUACUGAUCAUGAAAUAAUAAUGCGAAAGAAACUGUCUGGAAUGACCUAGGACCGGUUGGUCUUGUAAAACCGUAGUGAUGCUGUUUGCUACGAGGUUUUAGAUUAGAAUAAUCAAAAUGAAAGAGAAAAAUUACUCAAUUCUUGCUGUAAAUAACAUAUCAGAAGAACAGUUCAGUGAAAGUUUGAUCAAAUUCCGAUAAAAAAUGAGAAAGUUAUGAAUUUUUGAAGUCAAACACAAUUUGCACACAAUACUGUGAUGUACUUUGCAAGCGACUCUCCGCUUUGCAUUAUACAGAAAAUUGCAUAUACUUUCAUUUUCGUCGUUAUUAAUGACGUAUUAGAUUUCUUUUUGCAUACAGGGGUUGUAUAGAAACAUAUUUUCAAUAGUUAUAUUUAGUAUGCAGGUAUAAUUGACAGCUUUCUAGAAGUAAAAUGCAAUUUUCUGAUUGUUUUAGUACAGAGCAAAUGCGACGUAUCUUGCGAGCUCCUCUCCAGUUUUCAUGAACUUUCAUUCCCUUCAUUUUUUACGAAGAUAUAGUUUUUUCCAUACAGGGAUUUUAUAGAAACUCAUUUGCAAUAAAUAUAUUUAGGGUGCAGGUAUGAUUGACAUUUUUUUCUAGAAGAAAAGUCUAAUUUUCAGAUUUGUUUAGUGCAUACCAAACGGAACGAGAGCUUGCAAGAUACGUCACAGAGUUGCCAAAUUGAGUUUGAUUGAAUCGCAACUUUGAAAACCCAUUCACUGACCUGGCCUAUUUUUCUGCAUCUAUCAAACCCAACUUGAUAUCUGGAUGGACUUCCCCUUUUAGAAACUCCACCAAUAAUGAGAGCUCCAUUGCUUUAAUACAGCAAGCCGAAGGUGACGUGAUCCCCAAAUGUGUACGCCGGCCGGCAGCAGAUAUUUGAUUAAUCGUAGGAUGGCAAGUGAAGAUUUAAAUGCAAGCUAUGCGAUAAGUCUUAUAGUGUGUAUUACUGUUACUCGUAUCAAAGUUUAGUAUUCAGUUCUCCAUUAUAUUUCGAUGGCACAUACAUGUACUAUUGAGCAACAAACUUCAAUACCGUGAGUAUGCGUUGGAUUGUUACGAUUUUAUUGUAUAACUAGGAUACCCAAUAUAUCCUAAUGCUAACCUUAAACUCGUUGAAAUCCUAAACCCUAAACGUGACCCGAACUCUACUUCAAAUCCUAAAUCACAUUUUGUACUACUAUAAAUAGGUCUUUGAUCAGCAUUGAUAUCUAAUUAAGUGUAUUCAUUAUUGAGAAUAUGAGUAAUUAUUGGAUGGUCGACGGUUCGUUUAAAGCGUAGCUUGUAUCCUUUCUCAGUUCCUAUGAUUAAAGAUUUUCGCCGCCCGGCAGGUGCGCCCACGUUAUAGUU